AUGGCAAAGAGAAUGGCAGUCACACACGCAGACCUUGCACCAAGUCGUCCCGGCACCGGCUUUGGUAGCAAAACGGGUGCUUUUCUCACGGUCUUGACUAUUCUCUGUGGCCUGUUCUGCUUCAUUCUAUGCCUAAUUGCUGAAGUCACUCGUUCUAAGGUCACAUGGCAGAUCAGCAGUGAUGAAGGGGAUGAGGGAGGAAAAUACCAAUGUGUAUACAGCAGCAGUGGGAAAUCGCCGCUAUUAUGUGCAGCCAGUGCAUUUUUGGGGCUGGCAAUCAUCAUGGUGGUGGAACAUGCAUACAUGUUGAUUGCAAUUAGCAACUCCCCUCCAUCAGUCUUGGUUAUUUGGGAGCCUGAUCAUUCUGGUCCUGCCAUGAGUUUGAAAUGGCAAGCUGCCUUCUUCUUUGUUGCAACUUGGGUUUCCUUUGCUGUUGGGGAGAUCUUGUUGUUGAUUGGGCUAAGUGUGGAGUCAGGGCACUUGAGAAAAUGGUCAAGACCAAGACCCAGCUGCCUUGUUCUCAGAGAAGGUGUGUUCUCUGCAGCUGGAGUGUUUGCCUUGACCACCGUGUUGCUUGCUGCUGGGUUAUACUUGACUGCAUUGCGGGCACAAAGAAUCUCCCUGCACCAAGAAACCGUCCGGCGAGAAAUUGUUGAGGCCUCCAUACUCUAUGCAUCUCCACCAACCUCACCUCAGAUCUCAACCAUUCCUAGAGAAAACCCCAUUUUCAGAGAAACACACAACAUUGAUCACCAGCCUCCAGCCGCUCUUAGCAAACAUUUGAAUUUCUAG